UCUUUCCAAUACACAGAGACAGAAAAUGGAGGCCAAUUAUAAAAAUGAGGCUGAAGUUGAAUCUGUUUACGAUCGGCAAAGUGAAGUAAAAGUUUUUGAUGAUUCAAGAGCUGGUGUCAAGGGACUCAUUGAUGCCGGGGUGUCAAAAAUCCCACGCAUGUUUAUCAAUCAGCAACAUGAUCUGGAUGAUAAUUCUGGUUGCAGUGACUCUCAGUUCAGUAUCCCAAUAAUCGACCUCAAUGGCAUCGGAAAGGAGGCAAAUAUCCGUGCUGAGAUUGUUGACAAUGUCCGAAAUGCAUGUGAGAAGUGGGGUUUCUUUCAAGUGACCAAUCAUGGAAUUCCUGCAAGUGUUCUGGAUGAAAUAAUCAAUAGCAUUAGGAGAUUUCAUGAGCAGGAUACUGAAGUGAAAAAAGAGUUCUAUACGCGUGUUCUAAAUAAAAAGGUGAUAUACAAUUCCAAUUUUGAUCUGUUUACUGCAGCUGCAGCUAAUUGGAGGGAUACCUUUUCUUGUGUUCUAGCUCCUAGCCCUCCUGAGCCAGAAGAAUUGCCUGCAAUAUGCAGGGACAUUUUAGCUGAAUAUUCAAAGCAUAUCAUAAGAUUGGGGUGUACUUUAUUAGAAUUAGUAUCUGAAGCCCUUGGGCUCAAUCCAAACCAUCUGAGAGAUAUGGAUUGUGCUGAGGGACUUCUCCUUCUGGGCCACUACUAUCCACCAUGCCCUGAACCAGAGUUAACAUUGGGAGCGACCAAGCAUACUGAUAGUGACUUCCUCACAAUACUCUUACAGGACCAACUGGGUGGCCUCCAAGUACUUCAUGAGAACCAAUGGAUUGAUCUUCCCCCCAAACCUGGCCAUUUAGUAGUUAACAUUGGAGAUCUUUUACAGCUUAUCUCCAAUGACAAGUUCAAAAGUGUUUAUCACAGAGUGCUGGUGAAAAAUGAGGGCCCAAGAAUUUCUGUGGCAUGUUUUUUGAGACCACAAGUUCAGAUAGGAGAUUCCUUGAAAGUUUAUGGACCAAUCAAAGAGUUGGUACCGGAAGAUAGCUCUCCAAUCUACAAGGAAACCUCUGUCAAAGACUACCUGCAACACUUCUAUAAGAAAGGGCUUGACGGGACCUCUGCACUACCACAUUUCAAGUUGUGAUGUUAGCCUUUGUACUCAUGAAAUAGGUGUGAAUACAAAACUCAUGCUUAUGUAUUAGCCAUGAUGGCGAUGCAUGCCAUGGCUAUAGAAGGAUUUUUCCCUAAGAAGCAGUAUGGUUUUUUUUUUUUUUUU